AUGGUUCCACUGAACCCACCCGUUCCUCGAGCCUGCUUUGAAACGCCCUGGCACAUUGCAUCAGCCCUUCGCGAUCCUAGACCUACCACUUUGUCUGGCUUCAUCGACGCCACCGGAAAACGUUUAAUGCUGCGACCGGAUGCAGUGGUCACGUUGCAUAAUCUAGAGAUCCACGUUGAGCAUCAGAAAGAGAAGCCUCUCAAGGAGGAAGAUAAAAGCUGCGUUGAUGUUCUGGCGUAUCGAUUGCCGGGAAGGGAGAUUCAGGUUCGUGAGAACUGGUGCCCUGGUCAGUUUCGGUCGAUCGUGCUCUAG